AUGAGGUGGAAACUGCGGAUGGGUCGUGAGGUGGGGCUCACUUGCCUCGGGAACCGAUACGUAUCGACGCUACCAACGCUUAGCGUGCCUUGCCCUUCUGUGCGCGCAACUCGCAAGGAAGGCUCAGGGGCUGCCGCGAAAACGGGCCAAUGGCAACACAGGGUCACGAUCCCGUCACGACGACGACGACCACCACCACCACUGCCCGCAAGUUGCAACAAUCUGAACAACAUCAGCGGCAGCAUCAACACCAACGCUCGCCGCCCGUCACUAGUGUACCAGUUCCUGCUCCUCACCAAAACGGCACUUGAGUCUCGAGGUACCAUCCCGAGUACACCGGCCAUGCCACGACGGCCGGCGGUUGCGACGACCAUGCCGCAAUGCAGCCUGCGCGUCCUCUCCUCAUCCUUCUACACAUCGUAA